CAUGUCUUCUGUUACAAAUAAAUUUAAUGUGGAUGCUGGAGAUUUUUUUGAAAACUUGAAGGAGUGCAAUAUUCGAUUGAAUUUGCCUGAUGGGAGUAGCCAAUUGGAAUGUACCUUCAUUAAUCCUCCCUUGGUUCAAGAUUUUGAUCGUACAGAGGAGGAGGUGGAAGCUGAUAAACAAAAACCCCACACCUGGGUCUUAAACAUUGGAAGUCAACGCCCAAGAGAUAUGCCCUCCCAAAGCUGUGUUAUUGCCCACAACAUUGAAGACCGUUUACUUACCUAUUGCCAUAUUUACACACCUGUUAAACGCUUUGAGGAGGCUUACAAUUCUUUUUACAAAAAUUAUUGCAGUGUCCGCGCCUUCACUUACCACAAACUUGUAUUGGCCUAUGGCGGUGAACACCGCGAUUUAUUAUUUAUUCUUUCUUGGCGGUGGAAUUGGAGAACUAAAACAGGCAAUUAUGCCCUGUGUUUUGGACAAGCCCCUUCAACAAAUAAACAAAAUGGGCAUGUUCCCCAACGACGUUGGAAUCCGCACGUUCUCGUCAGUCAACUUUUAAUUGACCGCUUUAAAAAGGAACGGGAUCUGGUUUGGCUAGUCAAUUAUCUCGUUAAUUCACAUCGCUCUCUAAGUAUAAUUCAUCAAUUUGUCAAAACUCAAAUACGUUCGACUAAAAUUAAUUCUCAAAUCCUUGGAACUGAAGCUAAUUUUCCUGCUGAAUUGAUGUUCCAUCUCACACCUGUUGAUGAGUAUUGCAUUCGCCUUUCUUAUGGUUCACAAAUUUCUAUGGAAUUUCUUCUUUUACAAGAUAAUCAAGUGGCUGUUCGUGAUUGUUCUGCUGACAUUAAUUAUGGAGGAGUAACCCUUUCUGAUUUUUGGCGUUCUUUUCAGUUACAAAAUGGUAGUGAUGAAGAAGUUGAGCAAGUUUCUGCUGCGCCAGGGUCUUCUGAAGAAUAGGUAGGGGUUU